CAUUCGAGAUGAAGAUGGAUAGUUUAGGAAAGCAAGCUCUUCUUUUUGCUGCAAAUCUUUCUCUUCCAGCAUUUCAGGUCGUUGCAGUGGAUGCAAACUUGGGGUGUGCUCACUGCCGAGAGAGGGUAACACAAGUUAUUUCAAAGAUGGCAGGAUCGAAGAGAUUUGCGGUUGAUGUCUGCAUAAAACAAGUUAUCAUCAAAGGAGACGUAAGAUUUAACCCGAAAGCAGCAAGAAGCAACGUUCCCAAGCAGAAAACAGAGGAUUCUUCAAUUGUCAAUGCUGUAUGCAAGUUCUUCAGUAGGCUAUAUGGCUUUCUACGGACCAGUUGUUGCCGGUCAAAUGAGAGGAAGAGAAGUUAAGAGCUGGCGAGCACAUGCACGACAAUUUCUUUCUUUACCCCAACACCAUCUUCAAUCUCACAUGCCUGUAGAUGAUCACAACAUAGCGUUGCUUAAUCUUGAGAACUGCUCAGAGGUGGUCGAGAAACAACCUUAGGGUGCAUUUGCAUUGAUAAAUUUCAAAUUCUUAAUAACAAUUCCUUGUAUUUAUUUGAAUAAUUAUAACUUUAGAGGAUUUGAAAUCCUUCAAAUCCAAUAUUUUGUUGAAUAUUAAUAGAUUCAAACUCUUUUAAUACACAGUGGUUUAAAGCCUCAAAUCCAAAUGCAGGUUUAAAGAAUUUCCUUUUUCGUUCCGCUCACUUUUACAAUUGCCCAAUUGACAGAGACCAGGGUAGGCUUAGGGAAGGCAUCAUUCAGGGGAUUGUAUUGUUUAUCAAUUUUGUA